CUGAGUCUUAGCGGAGCCCGCCCGUGCCGCCGGUCAGGAAAAUGUCAGUUCACUCGAUGCAGGUCCGUCAUGAUCACGGCACACACAGACAGACACAUUUCACCACACAGUCAUUGAGAGAGGGGGAAGCAUGGCCAGUGAGUCAGCCAGGCAGCCAAACACAUUCUCACAUCGGCCGAACCAUCACAUCAAAAUAGGCCGGCAGCUGGCCAGCAGGAGGGUCUCUCUUCUUCAGGCAAACAGACACACCGAGGGCGAGAGGGAGUGAGGGAGAGAGGGCUACGCAUAGAGAAGAGAGACCCACGAGCAAAAAGGCCAUGCCAUAGCCGUGAAGUGACGCAUGCACCAGAGGCAUGCAACUCUUUACACACAGCCAUUGGGUCUAUCAUCAGCAGCUGGUCUGUCUGUCGACAGAGUGAGAGAUAUGGUCGUCUCGCACACAUAGAUCGGCGACAGAGAUGACGACAGCCGGCACCCAGAAAAGAGACCCUCCUGGUGACACACACACACACAUGCACGAGCCAGCCAGGACAACAUUCAAUCACAUGAGAGAGGAUGUGAAUCGCUGCUCACCCACCAGUGUUGACUGAUGGAUCGAUCAGUCGCCGCUCUUCGCCUCAGCUGCGGCAUCCUCACCUGUCGAGUGCACAGAACACACACACACAAAUGAAAGUCAUUCAGGCCGACGUGAGGGCCUCUGUGCUGUGCUGUGUGUGGCUGCGUACCUCCGUCGCCCUCUCCGCCGCCGUCAUUCACACCGUCAGUCUCAUGGUCAUCACCUCCUAGCCACACACAGAGAAGGUACGUCAUCCAUCCAUCCAUGUGUGUAUCCUUACCAUCGUCGCUGUCGUUAUCAUCUUGCUACUGCUGCUGUUGCUGCCGCUGUACUGGUCCGUCGAAUACGAAUGACCCCACCGCCCCCAACGCCACGCGAGCCAGCUGAGUGGUCACCAGGAAGCGGUGCUUGAAGGGACCACUCACACACACAGCCGCCUCAGUCGUCUCGACAAAGACACGCACUGCACACAAGGGGAAGAAGGACACGCGACGUAUGACCAGCACAGGUGCCUCUCUGUCUCCCUUACCGUCUCCUAAUCCGAUGAUGGAAAUCCAAAUCCAUGCGACGAAGUUGUGGCUGUUGUUGGUGAGCACCAACCACCGCCUGUCACCGAGACACGCUAUUGUGGUCGUGCAUCCGGCCACUGGUGUGUGGGGCGAGUCGGUCAGCAGGCCAUCCAGACGGCCGCCACCGACGUAGUACUGAACCAACCACACCACACGAACAAUCAAAGGCGCUCUCUCUUGCCUUUAGUGCCAUUGAUGUGUCACCUGUUGAGUCGUAUCACUGUGUGAUUGGUCUGAUGAGUCACCUUGAAGUGGUCGAGGACCAUGAACUUGGCAAACGACGACACUGACGCAUCGGUGUACGGGCCACAACCGGUCGACACCCACCCGCCGUCGGGCGAGUAGAAGAUGCCCUCACGCACUGGUGGGUCGUGUAGCUGCCGGUGCUGCCCAUACAGGUGGCCGGCAGGGAAGGGCGGGUCGACCUUUAGCUCAAAGCCGGGCUCAUUCUUGAUGGCCCGCAGCUCACCAUUGUGUUGGAACAGCUGCAGGCAGCUGCCGUCACGCAAGUGGACGUGGCGGCCGACCAUCUUGAGCUGCGCCAACACACGGGGAGCCGACACAUACGC